AUGGCUACAUCUCCAAAACUUACUCUACGGUCUGGUACACAACUUGCUGAUCCGGCUAAAUAUCGAAGAAUUGUGGGUAGUCUUCAAUAUCUAGCAUUCACUAGGCCUGAUAUAUCGUAUGCGGUAAAUCGCUUAUCUCAAUUUAUGCAUCAACCAUCAACGGAUCACUGGACGGCGAUGAAGCGUGUCUUACGAUACUUAGCGGGUACUUUAGAUCAUGGGAUAUUACUCAAACGUGGUAUAAAUCGGAGUUUGCAUGCGUAUACGGACACCGAUUGGGCAGGGGACUCGAACGACUAUGUCUCCACCAAUGGUUACAUUGUGUAUCUCGGUCAACAUCCCAUCUCAUGGUCCUCAAAGAAACAGCGGAGCAUUGCCAAAUCAUCAACCGAAGCGGAAUAUCAGUCAGUGGCUACGACUUCUACUGAACUGAACUGGAUAUGCUCUCUACUUAAGGAACUAGGGGUCUCGUUCACUACACCUCCGGUCAUAUAUUGUGAUAAUAUUGGAAUCAAAUUCAGUCCAGGCAACUCCGUUGUUCAUGUCUCCACCAAAGAUCAAUUGGCUGAUGCAUUUACCAAACCAGUGUCUCGGGCUGCCUUUACCAACUUCUCUACCAAGAUUGGCGUGACCAAGGUCCCUUCAUCUUGA